GAUGGUGAGGUUCUUGUUUCUAAAUCUAAAACUUUUGCUCUUGGAUUCUUCACUCCAGAAAAGUCCACCUCUCGCUAUGUCGGAAUUUGGUACAACAAUUUGCCAAUCCAAACUGUUGUUUGGGUUGCAAACAGAGAUAGUCCAAUCAAUGACACUUCUGGAAUCCUAUCGAUAGACCGAAAUGGAAAUCUAGUACUCUACCACAACCUUAGCACUAUUACCAUUUGGUCUACAAAUGUUUCAAUCCCACAAUCACAAGGAAAUAGUACCAGUGUCGUAGCUCAGCUAUCGGAUAUAGCAAAUCUUGUUCUGAUGAUAAACAAUACCAAAACUGUUAUCUGGGAAAGCUUUGAUCAUCCCACAGAUACCUUGCUUCCGUAUCUAAAGGUUGGUUUUGAUAGAAAAACUAAUCAAAGUUGGUUCCUUCAAUCAUGGAAGACAGAUGUUGACCCUGGAAAAGGCGCAUUCACGUUGAAAUUCAGCACCAUUGGCAAAACUCAGUUGUUUAUGUACAACGGUGAUCUUCCUUGGUGGCGUGGUGGACAUUGGAACGGAGAAUUAUUAGUAGGUGUACCUAAUAUGAAACGAGAUAUGGCCACUUUUAACGUUUCUUUGGUUGAAGAUGACAAUCAUGUAGCACUCACAUAUAACAUGUUUGAUAAGUCUGUCAUUACUAGGAUUGUGGUUCAGCAAUCUGGUUUCUUUCAAACAUUCAUGUGGGACAGUCAAAAGACUCAAUGGAACCGGUACUGGUCUGAACCAACAAAUCAAUGCGAUAACUAUGCAACAUGUGGAACAAACAGUAAUUGUGACCCUUUCAACUUUGAGGACUUUAAGUGUACUUGUUUACUUGGUUUUGAACCGAAAUUUCCACGUGAUUGGUAUGAUAGUAGAGAUGGGUCAGGAGGAUGUGUAAGAAAGAAAGGUGUAUCUAUCUGUGAUAAUGGAGAAGGGUUUGUCAAAAUUGUAAGCUUGAAAGUUCCUGAUACAUCUGUAGCAGUUGCUAAAGGUGGUUUGAGUUUGGAAGAAUGUGAAAAAGAAUGCUUAAGAAACUGCUCUUGUACUGCCUAUGCAUUUGCUGAUGUGAGGAAUGGUGGAAGUGGAUGUUUGACUUGGUAUGGUGAUUUAAUGGACAUUCAAAAACUUAGUGAUCAAGGCCAAGAUUUAUUUUUACGCGUCGAUGGUGUUGAAUUAGGUAAGACAUUCCCUACUAGUCUAUUAAAUUUUUCAUUCUAAAUUUGAUACCACUAAUUAGGCGAAGUUUGAAUUUCAAUGGACUUGUUACUUCGUAUCAGCCAAAGCAAAUAGCAACAAAAGCAGCAAAGCAAUCCUUGGUAGAAAGAGGUUGGCUGCGGUUCUGGUAGUUUCUAUAGUUGCAAUUGUCGUCCUCCUCUCAUGUGUGUAUUGCAUGUGGAAGAAAAAAAGAAAGGAUGAAAUGCUGCAGCAAUCAAACCAAGAUUCCUCGGAAGAAGAGAUCGGUGGUCAAAGCAACACACAUUCAAGUCUACCGUUUUUCAGCUUGAAAACAAUAAUAACAGCUACAAGAAAUUUUAGUCAAGAGAAUAAGCUUGGACAAGGUGGAUUUGGCUCUGUCUAUAAGGGUUGCUUGGUUAAUCGACAAGAGGUAGCAGUGAAACGAUUGUCCAGAGAUUCAGGUCAAGGCAAACAAGAGUUUAAAAAUGAGGUUACACUUUUAGUUAAACUCCAACAUCGAAAUCUAGUGAGACUGCUUGGUUGCUGUUGUGAUAAAGAAGAAAGGAUGCUAGUUUACGAAUACCUACCGAACAAAAGUCUAGACUUCUUUAUAUUCAAUCAAAACCAAAGGUCAUCGUUGGAUUGGAGUAAGCGUUUUGAAAUUAUUUGUGGGAUUGCUCGAGGUGUUUUAUAUCUUCAUCAAGAUUCAAGGCUGAAAAUAAUUCAUAGAGAUCUAAAAGCCAGCAAUGUUCUCCUUGAUGCUGCAAUGAAUCCCAAAAUCUCAGAUUUUGGUAUGGCUAGAAUAUUUGGAGAAGAUGAAGUCCAAGCAAGAACGAAAAGAGUGGUCGGAACAUAUGGAUAUAUGUCACCAGAAUAUGCAAUGGAAGGACGGUACUCAACAAAAUCUGAUGUCUUCAGUUAUGGUGUGAUGCUACUGGAGAUUAUUGCUGGCCAAAGAAACACACAUUGUGAAAUAGGAAGAGAAUCCCCUAAUUUAACUGGACAUGUGUGGACACUAUGGACAGAAGGAAGAGGUUUGGAAAUCGUUGAUGCAGUACUAAACCAAUCUUAUCCUUCUGUUAUAGUUCUGAGAUGCAUUCAAAUUGGACUAUUGUGUGUGCAACAAAAUGCCAUGAAUAGACCAUCAAUGUCAGAAGUUGUUUUCAUGCUAUGCAAUGAAACACCUCUUUGCCAACCUCAAAAACCAGCAUUCUUAUUCAAUGCAGGCAAACAAGAUUUGCAAGACUCGUCAACAUCAGGAGGAGGAUCUUCAAUAAAUGAAUUAACGGAAACUACCAUCAGUGGCCGCUAAAGCUACGUUAAUCGAAUAUAUAAUUGUUUUUCAUUCUUUUCCAUCAGAAUUGGGUUUGUAGAUCUUUCAUGAGGUUCUUGAGAAACAAGUAUUGCAAAAUGAUUAAUGCAAAUGAAUUCUAUA